CCGGAGCGGAGGGUGUCAGUUAUCGCCCGCGGAGGGAGGCCCGGAGCCCGGCGCUGCCACCGGCUGCGGUACAGGGGGUGGGGGGAACGUGGCGGCCACCGCCUCCUCUGUCCCCGCUACCAUGAACAUCGAGAUCCCGCCGGGCCUCACUGAGCUGCUGCAGGGUUACACGGUGGAGGUGCUGCGGCACCGGCCGUCCGACCUGCUGGGCUUCGCCGCCGAUUACUUCGCCCGCCUGCGAGAUGCACGCGACCAGGAGGGCGGUGGCACCCGCAAGGUGGUUAGCUUCGAUGGGGAGCCCAUGCAGACCGAGUCCAACGGCGAAGAGGAGCCUGACCGCGGCGACGAGGACGACGACUACGAUUUCGAACCUGCACUUAUUAACCGGUACAACAGAAGAGUAUCAGUUUGUGCUGAAGCUUUCAAUCCAGAUGAAGAGGAAGAAGACACAGAACAAAAGAUAGUUCAUCCAAAAACUGAUGAACAGCGAUGCCGACUGCAGGAAGCAUGUAAAGAUAUCCUUCUCUUCAAAAACCUCGAUCAGGAGCAGCUGUCUCAGGUCCUUGAUGCCAUGUUUGAGAGGAAGGUGGCACCUCAGGAACAUGUGAUUGACCAAGGUGAUGAUGGAGACAACUUCUAUGUCAUUGAGCGAGGGUCGUAUGAUAUCGUUGUAGCAAAAGAUGACCAGUCGCGCUGUGUAGGCUGCUAUGAUAAUCACGGCAGUUUUGGGGAGCUGGCCUUGAUGUACAACACUCCUAGAGCUGCCACCAUUAUUGCCACCACAGAAGGAGCCCUCUGGGGACUGGAUCGAGUGACAUUCAGAAGAAUUAUAUUGAAAAACAAUGCAAAGAAGAGGAAGACCUAUGAAUUAUUUAUUGAGUCUGUGCCCCUUCUUAAGUCCUUGGAGGCAUCAGAGCGAAUGAAGAUAGUGGAUGUUAUAGGAGAGAAAGUGUACCAAGAUGGAGAACGUAUCAUUUCUCAGGGUGAUAAAGCAGAUUGUUUUUACAUUGUAGAAACUGGUGAAGUAAAAAUCUUGAUUAAAAGCAAGACUGUGACAAGUACAGAAGUGAACCAAGAAGUGGAGAUUGCCCGGUGUCAGAGAGGGCAGUAUUUUGGAGAGCUUGCACUUGUUACCAACAAACCCAGAGCAGCCUCUGCCUAUGCUGUUGGGGAGGUCAAAUGUUUAGUCAUGGAUGUGCAAGCAUUUGAGAGGUUGCUUGGACCCUGCAUGGACAUUAUGAAGAGGAAUAUAACACAUUAUGAGGAGCAACUGGUGGCAAUGUUUGGCUCUAGUAUGGACCUGAGGGAUCCAGGGAUUUAGGCACAGGGUACCUCAAUGCCUUCUUAGUUCAAGACACAGAAAAGCCUCCUAUCAGCAACACAACUCGCAAGAAAAACGGACACUAUGGAACAGUUACUGCUGCUGUCUUCUUGGGCAUUUUAGAAACCAUCAACAAGUCUCAGCACAGAUGGAUUGCUCACUCCCUGCCUCCACCUUGCUGCUGAUACUUCAUCAUUAGACCUAGAUUAAAGAUCAUUGUAACCCUGUGUUCACUUACUUGGUUCAGAAUGGCAUCUGUCCAGCAGUUCAAGUGCCUGAUAUGAAACCCUAAGUGUGCAAGAUAAAGAAGCCUCCUUCCUUCUGGUGUUACUGUUGGGAUAAAUUUUCAGAUCAGAUUCUGUAGUGGGAGGUUGCCUGUUCUGCAGAGGCAACCAGUGGAAUACAAGCCUUUUAUGGGCUUAAUACCUUCUUCUGAUGCUUUCCUUACACAAUGUCAAAUUUGCUUUUAAUUGUAGCAUCUGGGUUUGAAGUUAAAAUAUCAAGGGAGCCAAUUAAUAAGGUGGCACUGAAGUUUUCCUCCACCUGCUGAAAUGAAAGCAGCAGGUGCUAGAGCUCUUUAAACCAAGUAAACCAAGCUGGGAACAUGAGAGAGUCUGCUUAGCAACAAAAUGCAGAAGAUGAAGCAUUACUAGAUUUGAAGUGUUCUCUGAGCAGCAAAGAAAAAUGUUUACUCUGUGCUGCCCAAAAAAGUGCAGUGGUUCAGAUCAAAUGGCCUGAAGGUGUCAUAAUUGUCAUCUCCCCCAGUUUGCUCCUUGUUCCUGAUACUGAGAACAUUUUAUUGUGGUGAGAUCACAAUACAUUACCUUCUGUUGCUUACAGAGAUCCUUUAUACUGCUAGAUUUCCCAGGGCACUGUUGUUGACUGGGUCAGUUUUAAAGCUUUUUAAGGAGGUGAAUGUUUUGUAAUUUAAAUGAAGACAACUUCUGUACUUGUUUACAGGAGCUCCCCCCCCCCCCCCCCCCCAACAUUUCACAGUAUUCUGACUCAUUAGACACUUCGAUGCUUCCAAAUACCAUGUUGAUUUGCUAAAUGGUUGGCAACCUUUGACUUUGUAAAGCCAAUGUCUUUGCUAACCCCACAGUUGGUGUGUUUGAGGAGUCUUUUUGGUUUAGGUGAUAACUAAGCUAAUGUUGAUCUGUUGAUCUAAUGUUGACCUGUUAAAUUUGCAGAAUUUAUUAGGUAGAUUCUAUUUCUAUAGCUUUAAUGACCUUAAAUUGGCAUCCUGCUGAGAUUUUACGAGAGUAUUACCUAAAUAAGGAUCAGACCAUAAGAAGGAUGUUUUUAUGGUGUAUAAACAGAAUAUUUAUAUUAAGACAUUGAAUUUGUAGGUAAUAAAUUUAGUGACCCUUUGAAUUUGCAUUCUUCUGCAGCUCAUGCAAAACUUCCUGGUGUUUUAUGGGGUUAUAAACUUUUAAUUGUGGAUGCUAGUAUAACAGAAUCUAUUCUCUUUUUUCAUGGCCAUGUCAGCAAGAACAGAACAAUGCUAAUAUUGAAUUCCUGCUUCUAGUUACCACAGUGGACAUUUCUCUAAGGCACGAGAUGCUUAGCUGCAACUCUUAAGUUGAUUUCUGGACAGUUUCUUUUCCUAAAUGGAUGAGCUCCUCCCAGUUCCUGCAAUAUGAGUAAGAUGGAAACUUGAUAAGUUCGAAUGGCUGUUGUCCAGUUACUGUAAUUGGAGUCAUAUUUUUAUAUAAUGCAAAUGAUUUGUAGUGGACACCACUGAACUAGGUGUUUCCAUGUUAUUAAAGUCCUGGUUGUGAUGUCUA